GAACAUAUAAAACACAAAAUGAAUACUGUUAUUGUAACUGGUGCUAACGCAGGGCUCGGCUUUGAAACCUGCCGACAGCUCGCUGGGGAGGCUGAGGUGCACAAAGUGAUCUUGACCUGUCGCAGUGAAGCAAAAGGGAAGGACGCUGUGGCCCAGCUCGUAGGCCUGACCAAAAAGCCGUCAACUUUUUUCGAUGUGGUUGUUAUGGAUACAACUGAUAUCGUUUCGUGCAAGAUUGCUGCGGAGAAGGUACUAAACGAGUAUACGGUGAAUGGUGUGGUGCUUAACGCUGGAGGGAACAUCUCAGGCAACGAUAGCAAGGGCAACCCGCUAAUGCAUCUAGCUAAUGUGAUAGGCCACGUUGUGUUUACCGAGGAACUAUUAGACAGCGGUAAAAUCGACCAACUGACUGUGGUGUAUUCAGGAAGUGAAGCGGCACGGGGUGUGUCCUCAUUGAGCAUGAAACCUGCUAAAUUCGACGAACCGUAUAAGGAAGAUGUUUAUAACCACCUAUCUGGUAAGAGCAAACGUGAAUUUAAUGGUGAUAGUGCCUACAAAUACACCAAAGCGAUUGCGGCGUUGUACAUAGCAUCGCUUGCGCGAAAGAAUCCUAAGCACCACAUAGUGACCUGCAGUCCAGGAAUGACAGCUGGUACCAACAUAAUGGAUAACUAUGUCAGCAGCGGGGUGUUUAAGUUCUUCAUGCUGAAUGUUGCAGUGCCGCUACUCGGUCUAUUUGGCAUGGCUCACUCAGUUGACAGUGGUGCUUCAAGAUACGUAGAUGCUUUGUUUAAGAGGGGAAAUGCGGACGUAAAGUCUGGUACCUUCCUAGCAUCAAAAGAGGGGGGUCUUUCUGGUCCGGUGGAGGACCAAAGCACCUUCAUUCCCAUAUUUGCCGAUACAAAGCUCCAGGAUGAUGCUUAUGAUGCAGUUCACGACCUUAUUCGAACAUUGUAAGGAUUAAAAGUGUUGUCUCACUGAUAAUCGUACAACAACGAAUCAGUAUAUUAGAUGUAGAAAAUACACUUGGUACUUUUAAACCCUGCUAACAUUCUCGAACCGAAGAUAUUUUGUCAUCAUACCUAAAAAAAUAAAAAUUGUCAAAAA